CGGCAGCGACGCGCUCACCCGCGCAGCUCGCCGUCCGUGCGCCAUGUUCGCCGUGAAGCGGAACGCCGUCAUCGGCUUCAACCUCUACUGCGGCGGCGGCCCGUCCCUGGCUCCCGCCUCGCCGGGAGGGGGCCCGACCCCGCCGCAGCCCGCCGCCGCCGCUGCUGAGGUACCCCGGGCGCUGAUUGGCUCCGCGAGGGCCUGGGCCGCCGCCGGGCGCCCCGAGACCCCCCGCCCGCUGAUUGGCCCGACCGCGGCUUCACGAGCGCUGAUUGGCUGCGGCGCGGCGGCGCUGCCCCCCGCGGCCCGGCCGGGCGCCCUGUGGAGCCCCGAGGAGGAGCUGGACGGCUGCGAGCCCGAGGCCGAGCGUGGCCCGGGGGGGGAUUCGCUGCCCGGUACGCCUCCCGGGCCGCCGCCGCCGCCCGACGGGCUGCGGCAGGACUCGCUGGAGCUCAUCAGUCGCUACUUGCGGGAGGCGGCGGGUGAGGCCGAACCCGGCGCGAAGAAGCUCUUCCCGGGGCUGCUGGGCGGGCCCGGCCGGCCGGGGGGAUCGGGUGAUGCCGUGAUGGAGAAGGCGCUGGAGACGCUGCGGAGGGUCGGCGACGGUGUCAUGCAGAAACACGAGCUCGCGUUCCAGGGAAUGCUUCGGAAGCUGGAAAUCCAGAAAGAGGAAGAUCUGCAGUCGGUGUGUGAAGUGACUGCCCACAUGUUCAGUGAUGGAGUAACAAACUGGGGUAGAGUGGUGACGCUCAUCUCGUUUGGUGCCUUUGUUGCAAAACACCUGAAAAGUAUAAACCAGGAGAAGUGUAUCAGCUCACUGGCAGGGAUCAUCACGGAUGCGCUCGUCUCAUCUAAGCGCGAGUGGCUAAUGAGCCAGGGAGGCUGGGAGGGCUUUGUUGACUUCUUUCGAGUUGAGGACCUAGAAGGCAGCAUCAGAAAUGUACUGAUGGCGUUUGCAGGCGUGGCUGGACUGGGAGUGAGCUUGGCCUACAUGAUCCGGUGAGCCAGAGCGUGCUGCCGAUGGACAAAACUCUGGGUGGCCUGGCUCUGUUUGGGGCUGGCGAGCUCAUCACUUCUUCCUGUGAGUUCUUUUGAAGUUGGACUUGAGUGACCCAAGGAGAAUAUCUAGGCAUCCCCUGAGCAAUCCUUUCCUGAGAAGGAAGGUACAAUCCAGUCAGAUUGUGGGUACCGAUGAGCAUUUAUUGCUUUGGGACAGAAAGUGGAAGAAUUGUUGUUCUGCUUCCUUCAAGAGAAUAAUGACAGAAGGCUUAAGUGAACUGCUUCAGUUUUAUCCCAGAGGGAACCAAUCUGCGUAGCAGCAAGCCAGUGAGCACCAGCAGCUCUUGUCUGGACUGAGGCCUCCUGGGCUUGGCACAGCAGCUGUGUGUGAAGCAGAUGUUUCAGGGCUGUGGUUGUGUGUUUCUGGAAAUAGCAUCUGCUGCUGUCCUGCCUAACUUGUGGCUUUUCUGCUGGAGCAGAAGCAUCGAAUGCUGGGUGUUGUGCUAGCCUGCGCCUGCCCCAGGUGUGCUGGCAAGUGGGCCUUCAGCUGCUGCUGGCUCUGCACCUGUCCACCCUCCAGAAGUGGCAGAGCCGUGCCAGCAGCCAAGAUGUGCAACACAAUGCCAGAAAAUGGGCUGCUGGAGCCCUGUCUGGUCCCUUCCCUCCCAGCAGGCCUUCAGCUGGGUCACUGGGCAGGCAGAGGAGCUUCAGGGUGGGGUGAGGCGGGGCUGGGUGUGGUAACCACAGUCAGCUGCAGUGCAGCCGCAUCAGCCUGUCUGGCUGAUCUCAGCUACACGGAUGCGACUCACCACACAUAGGCAAUUUAUAAAUAGGGAGUGCAUUUGUAAGUAUGUAAAACCCCACAUGGGGUGGGGAGGCUGUAGAGAACCUGUAAAUAUCUAUAAAUCUGUAGAAUAUGUACAUUUUUACAGAGCUAAUGAUACAAAAAGGAGGAAUUUUGAAUGUGGUAGAACUGCUUAUGGGUGCACUGUACUUCAUUCCUCAAGUGAAGUAGCAUUUUUGUGGCGAAGCCUUCUCCUGCCUUGACUCCAAGCAAGCCUUUCUCUGAUGUACUUGAGCAACAUUGCCAGGGAGUGUAACAAGGAUCAGUAGCCUGUUGGACUCUCAUUGUGCCCACAGCUUGCUGGCAACAGUUGAUGUUCCUGUUUAUUUUAAUCUUUUUGGUUAUUCUAGCUGUUCUAGCAGGGGGGAAGCUUUGGAAGUUGGUAUCAGUUGCUUCCUUGUCUUCCCUUCAUUUUGAUCCUCUAAGCCAUGAGUUGAACGAAGCUGAUGUUUGAAUGUAAAUGUUCUGGAGCAGAAUAAAACUUGUCAGCUCGGAUCUGCAGCUUGUGCAAAUCCAUUGAUGCCAGCCUUGGGCUCAGUCCCUCAUCCCCAGCUGGUAGCAUUGCUUCUCAGUGGGCUUGCAGUGCUUGUCCACCUCGUCCAAUCAUGGAUUGGUUGGUUCUUGAUCUACUCUCUGGGACCAGGUCCUGCACAGUGAGGAUCAUCCUCCUCCAUGCUGCCUGACCUGCAGCCUGAGUGAUGCCCAAUGGAAACCCACCUGGAGAGGUGAAAGAUGGUGCUAUUGUCAGGCCUGCUUGUUUGCUGAACAAGCACUUAGUUUUGUCAAUAAAUGUUUUUGUUCUCAA